GAGAUUCAAUUGUCUGUCAAUGUGGACCCUCUCUGUAAGCCUCAUUAAAUCUGUCAUGACAGUUUGUAGUAAGGACAACGAUUAUAUAUAAGUUAACUUAAUGAAGAGACUCGACAGGCAAUCACAGGCGGCCCCGGAGAAAACAUGUUUGUCGUCAAUACAAUUCUAGUUUUUUAUGGAUGUGUAACUUUAAUUUGUUGCGUAAAGGCUGUGACAAUGCAAUAUGAAAUGCGGAUGUGCAUGAUAGCAAAACAAUCAUUGACUGACAGACCUGUGGGCCCGGAGGGAAUAUUUGGGGACUGUAAAUGUUUUCGACAGGAGAUGGGCUGUCCAAAAUUUUGGUUUCGUCAACCCCGUAAUGUCUGUCCCGGGGAAACACGAGUCAUAGAGGUUCCAGAAACAUACACAGAUUACGAAAUUUUCAGAGAGGAAAGGAUAAUUUGGAAUGAGAUCCACAAGAAGGCUGUAGUGGACAUUCCCGUACAGAAAUACGAGGAGGUCAUGCUACGACCGCCUGUCACAUUUGCGGAAACAACGUACGACAAACCGAAUGUGUUCCCAGAACCAGAACCAUUAAUUGGGAAUCCACCGGAUGUAGAUUUACCGCCAUUGGUUGGAGUACCUAUUCCACAGGAGGUUAUCCCAGAACCAGUUGUGAAGAAAGUAACAAAAGUUGUCAAAAAGCCCCCCGUAAUGGGAGUAGUCAAGAAAACAAUGAUUAAGAAGGCGCCAGUUUACAAAACGGAAAGGAUACCUGUUAAAACGUUUAUCACGAAAAAGAGACCAAUUCAACGAGUCCGAAUUCAUUACAAGAAAGUACUUGUUGAACAUAUUAAUUGUUGUCCUAAUUUGAAAUUUUGGUUCAUUGAUUUACCAGUGGUUGUGGAGAAUAACGAGGUGUACGACAGCAGUAGAGGUGUAACGAGAAAUUAGUGCUAAAGGAAACAAUGCUGUAUUCGUGGUGAAAGUAAAAUAACAUGACAAAAAACUUCUUGGCAGUGUUUUAGUAUCUUUUAUAAAACGAUAAAAAAGCAGUAUCAUUACAGCGUUAGUACAAAUGCCUUACCUAUUCGCUGUAUUUAAUACUAAAAUAAGAAGUGAGGAAAAAGAAGAAUUUUUAAAUUGUUCAAA